AUGGAGGACUCCACCGAGACGGCAGCGGCCAUGGCAGCGCCAGCAGUACUGCCGCCGUGGCCGCACGCCGCGGCGGCGACGGAGACCCGCAGCCGUUUCCAAGGGCAAGGGACCAUCCACUUCCGGCACAAGCCACGCGACCGCCCGUGCUUCCUGCGCCUCCACGGCGACCUGAUCCUGACGCAGGGGUCGCGCGCGAUCGGACCACGCGGCGGGGUGGUGUGCGUGACCGAUCAAGUCUUCAGGGCGCUCGACCAACGGUACUGGUUUCGGUUUGACCCCACCACCUUCAAGUCCAUGGAGGCCUGCAGCCGACUCAUCCACGUGAUGCUCACUGAGGCGCUGGCGGCCGGCGAGCACGGCAACUGGGAGGAUUCACUCCGUACGCCGGCCCUUAACAUAGCCAUGGGGAUCGUCAGGUACCUACGCUCCAGCAGCGGGAUCGGAGACUUGGGAUACGACGUAGACAUCGAGAUGCCCCAUUUACAUGUGAGUUUGGUCGACAAGGAGGCUGCCGGAGUCACUGCACGUGGCCGGAAGCGGAAGCGCCGCCGUGAGCCCCGCGAGGUGUGCGCCAUCUAUUUGCUGGACUUGGAGAUUGAAGACGGGUUCUUGGGCUUGAAGAGUGAAGACGGGGAGACCGCCAGCAGGCUGCCAUGCUCGCAUGCCUUCCAUAGCCGGUGCAUCAUGCCGUGGUUCCACAAGGCCACGACGUGCCCCACUUGCCGGCAUGACGUUAUGGAAUGCUUCAGCUUUCAGAGAUCCCUAUGUUCCGACGACAUCAUACGUCUCCAAGCAGAGGUUCGGCAGUUCCUAGAUGUAGUAGCCGAUGAUGACCAAUUCCAAGAUGAAGUAGCCCAAGAUAGUGAUGAACAACCCACAGAUUCUGAAGAGGAAGAUAUAGACUUCUAA